AUGGCACUAUCUUCUGCUAGGACUCCAUGGCCAUUGUGCAUCAUCGCUGCCCAGUCUCGGCAACUGGGUGACAAAUGGGCGAAUAUGGACAUUUGGUUUUAGGGUCAAACUCCAGGCCUCUCUCCUACCGAACUGCAACAAAGUGUGACCACCAUCGAGUGUUUAGCUCAACGGUUACAUGUCAACCUGAUUCAUUUACGUGAUCGAGUCGGUUCCGGUCCGGCCAGUCGUACUACUGUCCCCGUGCCCGCAUCACCGAACCACACUCAGCCGAAUGGAUCCUCACCCAAAUCUCCGUCCUUGACCGCUAAAACCAAUCCGUCCGAACCGGACUGUGCAACUCCGACAGAUUCGGAUCCCACACCAUCUGAGAAGAAGAAACGAGGCAAACGACGCGACCGUCUAAAGUCGGCCGGACAGAGUGAGCCAACCAGUCCUGAGUCGUCUACCACGGCUAAUCAUGUGAACAAUACAGUCUCUACACCCGUCGGUGUGCCUGUCGUACGGGAAUACCUUCUGCGACGUGAGACGCCUGCCGAUGAUUUUGUCGAUGUCCGCCGGUCCCAUUCAACUCCGUGUUUGUUAUUGCAUGUUUUGAUGAUUGAUAACUUCACCGUUUUUGACGAUGGCAGUAAAGAGGUUGUCACAUUCAUUGAUCUGGCCGGUCACGAACGGUACUUGAAAACAACCAUUUUCGGGAUGACCGGUCACGCUCCGGACUAUGCCAUGUUCAUGGUUGGCGCAAACGCCGGUGUGAUCGGUAUGGCCAAAGAGCAUCUCGGUCUGGCUUUGGCUCUUGGUGUCCCCGUAUUUGUUGUAGUCACCAAGAUUGAUAUGUGUCCGCCCAAUGUGCUCCAGGAGACCAUGAACUUGCUUGUUCGAAUACUGAAAUCCCCGGGUUGCCGCAAAAUUCCCAUCCUCAUAUCGUCCAAGUGA